AUGAGCGCCAUGAAGAUGGACUUCAUCUGCAAGGAGGUGCCGGCGGCGCAGCCUGCAGCGCCGGCCGAGCACGCGGACGGCGUGAGCGACCACGAGGACUCGGAGGACGAGCAGCUGGAGCACGCGGCCUGGCAGGACGUGGACCUGAACCCGGCCGUGGAGCUCGUGGCCAAGCUCGUGCGCGAGUCGUUGGACGCCGGCAAGACGUACAACAAGAGCAUCACGGCCAAGACGUCGCAGCUGCUCACGGGCUGCGACGCGCUGCUGCUGGACAUCAAGGGCCUGGCCGAGGCGCGCGCCGACGCCCGCCAGCGCGCGGGCCAGCGCCCCGGAGGUGGCCAGGGCGGGGCCGGCUGCUCGUGCGGCCAGGCCAUGGCCAUGCUGCCUCUGCGCAACCCGGAGCAGUCGCGCGCGGCCGCCGCCGGCGACGCGGCCAACAAGCUGGCGGCGCCCAGCGGCGUGGACGAGGCCACGGAGGACCAGACGGACCGCGCGCUGGCCAAGAUGGAGGCCGCCAUGGUCCGUCUCCGCGAGAUGGCCGAGCUUAUUCAGGCCACCAGCAUGCAGGGCGAGGCCAAUCUCGUGUCCAAGGUGUCGCUGCAGACCGGCACCUUCCAGGCCCUCGAGGCGGCCGUGCAGGCCAGUGCCGCAGCGGCCACGGCCACGGCCAUCGCCCAGGAGCGCGGCCGCUCGUCCUCCGCCUUCGGCCGACUCUACAUGCCCCUGCAGGUGCAGAAGCUACAGGAAUGGUACUACUCGUACCCGCGCCCACUGCUGGACGAGCUCACGCUCAUGCGCACGAUUUUGAACUACCGGCCGUACGCGAACCCGUUCCAGGUGGGCGGCCUCUCGCUGGCCCAUGUGCGCGACUGGUUCAAGCGCCGCCGCUACCGCGAGCGGAUGCGCUACGUGAAGCUCGCGGUGGAGGCGGGCCACGACGCUCAAGCUGCGGAGGAGGAGAUCGAUCUGCGUCUCGAGCAGCGGAUCACACAGCUGCGGGCCUCGGUGGACCCCAAUGAGCUGGUGAAGGAGGUGGACCGUGUACGUGCCCAGAGCUACCUUUUCGACGCUGCAGUGAACGCCUUCACUCGGCCGACCAACAUCCGCUCGUACAUCGCGGCUUCGUACUCGGUGCCUACGACUGCCGAUCAGCUCGGACACAACGCCAGUGGACGCGGCAAGCGGCAGCGGACGCAGGACUCUGAAUUGGAUGAUAUUACGAUGGUGAAGCAUGCCACCGUCCUGGAAGUGAUGGCACUGCAGAACCGGUUGCGCAGUCUGAUGGAGCAGCCGAAGACGGCCAUCGUCACGAACGGCUUGCAGCAAGUGGUCGAUCUGUUGCGGGCUAUGAAGGUCGAGCCUGAUGUACGUAUCCAGACUGGGCUAGUGGCCGACCUGAAGCAGAUUUUGAAGGCCUACACGAAGCCUACGCUGCUGCGGAAGGCCACGAUUGCGUUAAUGGAGAGUUUGGGCAUGAAUCGCCGCGCGGUUGUAGAGCAGGAUGAUGAUGACGACGCUCCAUUGUCUGCGCCUUCAAGUCCAGCUCUGAGCACAGCAUCGAGUGCGAGAGGAAGAACGCCGCUGGGCGGAGAUCACGCUCCGAUGAGCACGCUGGACCACAGCGGCGCAGUGUUUGGGGAUGAAUCGUCCCUGUUGUUGUCUGGGGAGCCGGCAAAGAAGAAAGCCAAGCCAGCUGCACGUCCAGCGAAGCCGCGCGCGAAGGAGAAGAAGGGCCGUGUGUUGCGGCCUAUGAAGUUCUCUAUGGACCAGUUGACGGCGCUGGAAGCGUGGUUCCAGCAGAAGUACAAGCCGUCGCAAGAAGAGAUGGAGAACUAUUUGGUGCAGCUCAACACGCCGCCGCUACGUGAUUUGAAGAAGCAGACUGUGGAUGUGAAUAUGACCCAGUUAAGGCGGUGGUUCAACAAGAGGCGGUGUCUGCGCCGUCCGCCGUUUGCACUUAUGACUCAACAAGAGGCCGCUAAGGAAGGAUCCAAGAACCCUGCGAUCCUCAAGGCAGUGUCAACCCCCGGAGAUGAUGUCGAGCCGACUGAAAGCGUCCAGGGCGACGACGAUGUCGAAGAAGUGGGGUCUGAGGUUGGAGGGAACCACUCGUAUGAUGAUACUAACGACGACUCCAGCGACGACGACGAUGAUGAUGACGAUGAUGACGACGACGACGAUGACGACGAUGAUGAUGGAGACGAUGAUAGCAGCGACGAUGGCGAGCAUCUAAUCGACCAGGCAUUGGCUUAG